GACGAGGAGAAAUGCGACCCUACGAUUUCCGACCGAUAUUCCUUGAGCAGUGCUGGAUCAAGUUACCCCGCUUCGGAAACGAUGGCUGAUGGUGAUGAUUCCUGUGACCGGCGAAAAAGAGAACUCCUCGGGCUCGUUAGUUGCCUGAACCCUGACUCUCUAGAUCACCCAACUCGAAGCGAAGAGAGCGAGUACUUUGGCGAGGAAGGACUCGCUAUUGGUGGCUCCAGCGAUUGCAUCCACAUUCCUCACUCCAGUACAUCUUCCUGGGAUGAGUCGAGCAAGAACGAGAGUGACUCUGGCUCGGAGUAUUCUUUUGACGACGAAAAUGACGAAGGCCUCCGAUGCUCUACCCCCAGAGACGAUCAUUCUCACUCAAACGCAGAUAGGGCUUUUCCCAAAGACGACCAAGCAACCAACCAAUGGCAUUCCAAUGAGCGAAAUGCGAGGAACUCAGGGUUGUCGGUCGAGCGGCCGUCUUCAGGGCACCCCCUACUCUCACCUCGCCGUUCUGUUCACCGGAGUCCGGCCCACUUUAACUCGAAGGUGUCGCAUGCAUCACCUGAGAAUACUCCUCACAUUGAAAUUGGCAGUCAACGAUACUCCUCAGAACUCUCGCGCAUGAUGGUCACCUCAGACGAGGCUGCAGCGCGCGAACGCCAGGCAUUUGGACUUUCUACGUCAUUUUCUGGCAACUCCUCCGCCGAACCCUGCCUCACGCAUGCCGACAGUGACAUGUCGUCUAUCGCCGGAAAUACAUGGCAAUAUGAGUGUGAAGAUGAUGGCAUGCAUACCGAUUCGCUCCUCGAUAGACUGACGACACAGGAGUUCGAACGUUCCAUGAACACUCAGCCCACGCAAAGCGACUUGUCCAAUGCAGCGUCUGAAUCAACUGUCUCUGCCAGAUCGAUGUCAUCAGUCGCUCGUGAAUUCGUGCAUUCGGAUAGGAAAAAUGCACAUCGGGAUCAUCAACGUUCUUCUGUGGAUAUCUACAGGUCUUGGGAAGACUUUCGUCAGCAUGUUUUGGAGCAAUUUGGUGAGAUAGAGGUACGACGACAGGAGAUUGUCUGGAAACUAGCGGAGUCGGAGGCCACUUUUGUAACUAACCUGCAGAACAUGGUUCAGCUCUUCAUCCUUCCUCUACGCGUCCGAAGCACCAAGGUCUGGGUUUCUGGCGUUCCAGACGACGUCUCGAGACUGUUUGACUGGUUAGAAGAUAUCGUACACCUCCACACGAAAUUAUCCGCCAGUCUCGUCAGCGGUCGGGAUGUGCGCACCCCCAACCUGCAAUUCGUUGGGGAAAUUCUUCGACCUUUCGUCGCAAAGCUUGAAAUAUAUCAGCCUUACCUGGUAAAGCUGGAGUUUGUUGCAACCAGAAUCGAACAUCUUGUCGCCCUGGAGAAAAGCGACAUCGGGGAUUUUAUCAAGCUACAGGAGCGCUCCUCCGCCUGUCAGGGAUGGACAUUGGAGAAAUACUUGGUCGAACCUGUUCACAGACUCUCCCAAUACCCCGACUUCUUUCACCGGCUCUGGCACGCAACCCCGAAGUCCCAUCCCGACUAUCUCACGACACUUUCUGCUCUUCACUCUGCCAAACUCACGAUCCGUGUUCUCAGCGAGGUCAAGGAUCGGGAGGACGAGUACGAGUUCGUGAAAGACAUGCUCUCACAUAUAGCGAACAUUCCCUCUGAACUUCCUUGCCGCGACAGGCGUCUGUUGAUGCACGGUCCCGUCGCAUGUGCCAGAGUGGAAAACGACGAUGACUUACCAAUCAUGCGGCUUUCCACCAACUCGCAUGGUAUACCUCUGACAGAGUCACUCAAAAGCCCAUCUGCCGAUUCGCGGCCAAAACGCAACGAAAGACUCUCGAAUGCGCUGAAAGGUUGGCGUGGGCGCAGUAGCUCAGUGCAGUCUACGGCCUCGAUGACAGCGUCGCUGCAAUCCUUUCGUACUGCUCCAUCAUCAUUUGACUUUCGUUCCGAGACGCAAGCAGAUUCCAGGAACAGCCCUUUGCUUCGCGUCGAGUCUCCGGCUGUUGACGUCCAGUUAUUCGUAUUCACUGACUUGAUUGUGAUGGCCUCCGCCCCCAGUUACUACGAGAACUCCAAGCGCACUUCCGCAGAUUUGCGCAUUCUCGACGACUUUGGCCUGUCCAGAAUCCUUUCUGUGACGGACGAGACAGAUAGAAGGUCGUCCAUCUCCCUAGAUCUAGUUCCACUUACUGCUGAGGAGUUCGAGAGAGGACACGCGAAUUCAAAAGGACAGGUCUUGACCGUCUCGUUGUCGCACGGCACUUCUCGUUCUUCUGUGUCGGAGGCUUCUAUGCAGUGCGCCGUUUUUAAGGAGUGGGUGGCACCACUGAGACAAUGUUGUCAGCAUACUUUGAGGUCGUUAUCUUCGCCAUCCGUGAAGGGUCACCUGGCUCACGCGUCAAAGUCCGAGAUCAGUCAAUCAGUCCUGUCCAUCCUCGCAUCAGGGUUGCCAUUUCCUAAAAGUCCUUCCAUGCAGCUACAUGGCGUCGAACAGGGGCAAGCUGGGGAUGCAGAACAACAGGAAAGAGAAGAGCGCGGGUGGUGGUCGUUGCGGUUUCAUGAGGUCCUGCAAGAGAUACGAGGACGAGAAGUGGUACUUGUUCGAUAACACUCUUGUGACAUGUUUGUAUUCGUGUCUUUGCUUUGCAUAUCUCUAUUUUUUUUUAUCUUGUGGCCAAGGCAG